CUUACUUGUUAUUAUAUUUCUUAAUAUGCCAUAUAUGGUAUGGGUUGAUCUUUGAGUACUACGAUUGGACGGCCUGGACAUCGUGGAUGAUUUUGCUAAAUCUUGUGUAUAAAUAUGAGGCUUCUUCCUUAACUUGAGAAUGUUAUGGUACACCGUCUCUGUGUCUGCUUGAUCAACUGAUGAUUGAUAGCUUUGAGGCUGCAUAUUGUCUACCUGAAAAUUAAUCUAACAAUCAGUAUUUUUUUUUUUUAUCGGUCAGGUCAGUGCUGUAGCAAUGCGUCGCCUCCUUUCCAUGUUUUUACUGCUAGCCAUUAUUGGGCAGCAUGUGAGCGUUCAGUCCACAGUAAGACCAUAUGAGCGGAGCACACACAUACGUUACAAAUCAGUGUUAUCAGUGUUGACCGUGUCUAACGGAAUGUCCUGGGGGUCGUGGGGGGAUCAGGACAUGUGUCCAAGUGGAACGUAUGCUGCAGGGUUCAGUCUGAGGGUGGAAGAACCUUCUCAUGUUAUGUAUGAUGAUACAUCACUCAAUGGGAUUCGUCUUCACUGUGUCUAUCCAUCCAAAGGCUCACAUGAGCUCUAUGCCACAAUUGAGUCCGACGUAGGAAACUGGGGAAAGUGGACAAAUAUCAAGUGGUGUCCUUCUGGAUUCUUAAAAGCUUUCCAGCUGAGAGUCGAAUCUUCCCAAGGAGUUGGUGAUGAUACGGCCGCAAACAACAUCAGGUUCAGCUGCAGUGAUGGUGUUGUGCUGACGGGUGACGGCACAGGCUGGGGUAAUUGGGGCAACUGGAGCCCAGUGUGUGAUGGAAGAGGAAUCUGCGGCAUCAAGACGCGGGUAGAAAAUCCACAGGGGAAUGGAGAUGACACCGCUCUCAAUGACGUGCAAAUGUACUGCUGUGAUUAAGGUGAAGUGAUCGCAAUCUAAACCUCAGACUGACACAUGCUGCAGAUCAACUAAAUCUGUUUGUUCUUUCAGGUGUAGGAGGAUGACAACAAGAACAGCAAGAAGACCAAAUGGAUUGUCAUAACUGAUCAUCAUACUAUGAUAAUCUAACAUGAACCAUGUCAUAAAACAGUUUUGUAAGGGAUAAUUCACAUUUGCACAAAACAAAGAAUCUGCCAAGAUGUCAUCGGACCACCCCACUGGAUGUACGCAAAGACAUGAUUGCACAUUUCUCAGUAAAGACGAAGACAGGGCACUGCAGAUGCUGCAAUAAUGGAUACACAAAUACACUGUAGCAAGUGUAGCAAUGUUUGUCUGUGCUUCUCAGAUAAAAAGAACUUA